GUACGGAGUUUUUCAUCCUGCGUUAACCCAACUCGGCAAACCCUAUUCAUUCUUCCGAUUCCACUGUCAUCUCCGUCACCCACUCGUCACCGUCAUUUCCUCUCUCAUCGCCGGCAGCCACCAAUGUCACGAACAGGACGGAGGCAGUAGAGGACGUCGUCAGUAGCCGCGAACUCGAGACGGCCAUUCUCCACUCGCGAAGGCGAAAAGUAACAAGAGAUUUUUCAAAUGGGGAAUGAAGCAGACACAAAAGAAGACAACCUUGUUUUGAUUAAGCAAGGAGCUGAGGCUAGAAUCUUUGAGUCUACAUUUGUAGGUCAGAGAUCGAUUGUCAAGGAACGGUUUUCAAAGAAAUACAGACAUCCAACUUUGGACUUGAAACUUACUCUAAGACGCUUAAAUGCGGUUGGUCUCUCUAAUUAUUCAAUUCCCGUAUCAGAUUGCUUGAAGUUGACUUUUAUGCUUUUUUGUUUCCUUAACCAAUCUAGGCAUUUGGAACAGGAGGCUAGAUGUAUGACAAAAGCAAGACGACUAGGUGUAGCGACUCCUGUACUUUAUGCAGUUGAUUCUAUUUUGCAUUCCUUGACAUUUGAGUAUGUACAAGGGCCGUCCGUGAAAGAUAUCCUCCUUGGUUUUGGUUCUGGAGGUACCGAUGAAAAAAUGAUGUCUGACAUUGCAUUUCAGAUUGGUAAUGCAAUUGGCAAAUUACAUGAUGGUGGCCUCAUCCAUGGUGAUUUGACAACAUCAAACAUGCUUAUACAAAGUGAUUCCAAUCAGCUGGUACUCAUUGACUUUGGUCUAAGCUCCACAUCAACACUUCCAGAAGAUAAAGCAGUUGAUUUGUAUGUACUAGAACGUGCAUUGCUUUCCAUGCACUCUUCAUGUGGAAAUGUGAUGGAUCAGAUCCUUGCUGCAUACAAGAAGUCCUCUAAACAGUGGUGCUCGACAUUAAAUAAGCUAGCACAAGUACGCCAAAGAGGUAGAAAGCGUACCAUGGUUGGCUGAGCGUUCAAGAUUUCAGCUUGUGUGAUCAAUUGGUGGGUAAUUGCCAAGGAAGAAGACCUUCAAACUUCGCUGGAUGCAUAAGUCUUGAAGAUUUUCAAGAAAUUUUCAUCAGGUCGAUAGACAUUUGUAUUGUAUCCGCCGGCCUGAUGGUUAUGGUACACACUAAAUUAAAUUGACUAUUUGAUGACCUUUCUAACAAUUAUCCUCUUUCUACAUUUGGAGACACAAUUCUUGAAGGUGAUUUUUACCAUAGAUUUUUUAAAUCUUCUGUCAUUGUGUAUACCAUACAUUAUUUUAUUUGCACUAUAAAGUAGGUGUGUUAAU